GCCAUGCUCUCAUCUGUCUCUUCCUCUCUGCUGUGGUGCACUGAGAGCGCAAGGUCAAGGCAGCGCCAGCACGCUCGAACGCUCUCCACCCCCGCUCUCACCCCCACCCCCACACUAUACACUGCCCGCGUGUCGCCUGCUGGCUGCCACCGUCCACCACCUCGUCACCAUGGUGAAAGGUGCAUGCCACCCAGAUACCCACCACGCCCUUUGGUCAUACCUGCCACCCUGCAUAUUAGCUUGACCUUCCUACUGCAGGAAAUUGAGAGUGUUCACGCUCUCACUGGCCUGUUGACACCCGCCAGCGUUGCACGGCGCCCCGCCACCCGCCACACCCUCCCUCCCGCUGUCACCCGGCCGCAGAUUGGUCACGGGUCCGGACAGAACCAUCGCUCGGGGUCCGCCAUUUGGUGAUGCCUGUCCUACACUAUCAACAAUUCCAGGCGUACUUAUUGCAUUGCGAGUUCUCUCCCACUCCAACUCUCUAUCUUUAUCUGCCCUUUCUCUCUCCAUCUCUCUAGCCUCCUUCUCUGCUGCUAGUCUGUUUAACUCUCGUCUCUC